AUGGAAGGGCAGGACGAAGUGUCGGCGCGGGAACAGCACUUCCACAGCCAAGUGCGGGAGUCCACGGUUACAUUCACGUUGUUCAUCCUGGAUUAUCUGGGUGAGUACAAUGUAAUCACAAGGUAUAGUUUGAAGUCUGAUGAACAAGAAGAUGAAGAUGCCAUAGUCAACAGGAUUUCGCUGUUUUUGAGCACAUUCACUUUAGCGGUUUCAGCUGGGGCUGUUUUGCUUUUACCCUUCUCAAUAAUCAGCAAUGAAAUCCUGCUUUCUUUUCCUCAGAACUACUAUAUUCAGUGGCUAAAUGGCUCCCUGAUUCAUGGUCUGUGGAAUCUUGCUUCUCUUUUUUCCAACCUCUGUUUAUUUGUGUUGAUGCCCUUUGCCUUUUUCUUUCUGGAAUCAGAAGGUUUUGCUGGCUUGAAAAAGGGGAUCCGAGCCCGCAUUUUAGAAACUCUGGUCAUGCUGGUUCUUCUUGCAUUAUUGAUUCUUGGGAUAGUGUGGGUAGCCUCAGCGCUCAUUGACAAUGAUGCUGCCAGUAUGGAAUCUUUAUAUGAUCUCUGGGAGUUCUAUCUACCAUAUUUAUAUUCCUGUAUAUCAUUGAUGGGAUGUUUGUUACUUCUCUUGUGCACACCAGUCGGCCUUUCCCGUAUGUUCACAGUGAUGGGUCAGUUGCUGGUGAAGCCAACAAUUCUUGAAGACCUGGAUGAACAAAUUUAUAUUAUUACCUUAGAGGAAGAAUCACUCCAGAGACGGCUAAAUGGGCUGUCUUCAUCAGUGGAAUACAGCAUGAUGGAGUUGGAACAAGAGCUUGAAAAUGUAAAGACUCUUAAGACAAAAUUAGAGAGACGAAAAAAGGCUUCAGCAUGGGAAAGAAAUUUGGUAUAUCCUGCUGUUAUGGUUCUCCUUCUUAUUGAGACAUCCAUCUCGGUCCUCUUGGUGGCUUGUAACAUUCUUUGCCUGCUGGUUGAUGAAACAGCAAUGCCAAAGGGAACAAGGGGGCCUGGAAUAGGAAGUGCCUCUCUUUCUACUUUUGGUUUUGUGGGAGCUGCACUUGAAAUCAUUUUGAUUUUCUAUCUGAUGGUGUCCUCUGUUGUCGGUUUCUAUAGUCUUCGAUUUUUUGGAAACUUUACUCCCAAGAAGGAUGACACAACUAUGACAAAGUCUUUGGGACACUUUCUACCCAACAGGCCAAACCAGAAACUGGAGAGUUACGGAAUCACUAGAUUUGAUCUACUUGGAGACUUUGGAAGGUUUAAUUGGCUGGGAAAUUUCUAUAUUGUAUUAUCCUACAAUUUGCUUUUUGCUAUUGUGACAACAUUGUGUCUGGUCAGAAAAUUCACCUCUGCCGUACGAGAAGAACUUUUCAAGGCCCUAGGGCUUCAUAAACUUCACUUAUCAAAUACUUCAAGGGAUUCAGAAACUACCAAGCCUUCUGUAAAUGGGCAUCAGAAAGCACUGUGAGACACACAGCUGGUACAUUCUGCAAUCAAGAGACCUGAGAACUCCAAACUCAUGACAUUCCUGUCAGACGUAGAAGUGUUUUCAGACUGACCUUGGCUCAUGUUUAGGACCUAGGCCAAUGAGUGUUAAUUUUUUUCCAUAAUCUACUAAGAACUUGGCUAGUGCUGAUCUUAUUUUAUAAAAUUUAACUUUCUGAUCAAUCCUGUAGUUUCCAGUUUAAUGCAGAUUCCUUAGAGAUGUAUAGAACAGCACAUUCUUUGUAGACACUUUCAUUCACAUCAGUAAAUACAACCAUCCAUA